UAUAUGAUAAGUAUAUUUGCUAAUAACAGAAAAAAAUAUUGGAAGAAUACAUAUUAUGUGGAUAGUAAAUAGAUCGAUUGUGAACUCAAGUCUUUCAAGUUCACAGGAUUAGGUAUCAGAUGUUGUUUUAUUGCGUGACAUUUUUUUAUAGUUGCUAUUUUUAGAAUAAUAUGAAUUGAUAAUCUUAUUAAAAUGCCAUCUGAUUCCGUUGUAAAAACGUCACUUAUAGUUGGAGGAUUAACAUUUCUGGGUUUUAUAGCUGGAGGAAGACUUGGUUCUAUGUUUGGAGCGGUUAUUGGAACAGUUGUUUGUUCAAUGUUGAAUAUAGAAGAACCAAUGAGAGAACCUAGAGAUGAAAAUCCUCGUAUUACACCUUAUUCUCGCCCAAUCAGUUCAAAUCGGAAUAAUGAAAAUAAAGUCAAAAAAUCUAAAAAUGAACCAUGUGAACCAUCUAAAUGUUCUAUAUGUCUUGAACCAUUUAAACCUUCAAUUGUAUUAUUGCCAUGUAAACAUAUGUGUUUUUGUGAUGAAUGUUUUGAAAAAGUACAAAGAAAAAAAAUGUCUUCUUGUCCAAUUUGCAGAAAAAAUAUUGAUCAUUUUAUGAAUGUGUAUUACUCAUAAGCUGUAUUCGACCAUUUAAAUUUGCUAGCAAUUUUUUUUAAAUAAUAAAACCGUAUAAUUGCUUCUAUUUGAGAAUAGUAUGUAUUUUUUUUAAACACUUGUUAUAUUUAUCUAACAAAUGUGAUGUACUUAAAUAUAAUUUUAAUUUUUGUAAAAAAUACUUAACUAUGUAA